AUGAUUCUCGAAUCUGUCGAUCGACAAUGUAAAUGUCAUGGUGUAUCAGGUUCAUGUGAAUUCAAAACAUGUUGGCGUUCACUUCGAUCAUUUACACAAAUUGCUAAACAAUUAAAAGAAGCAUACGAUCAAUCGAUUGAAGUGCGUUUACAACGGAAUCUCUUCGAUAAAAAAUUACGUUUCGUACCACGAAAUCUGCCUUAUCAUAUCUCCAAACAACCCGUAUCGAUCAUGACGACGUAUAAAAAUGAUCUAAUCUUUUACAGCUCAAGUCCGAAUUAUUGCGAGAGAAAUUUAGAAUUGGGCUCAUUGGGAACAAUCGGACGCGUUUGUAAUCGAAGUUCACGUGCUAUUGAUGGAUGUGAUUUACUUUGUUGUAAUCGAGGUUAUCAAUCUCAAAUAGUCACUGUACGAGAUCAAUGUAAUUGUCGCUUUCAAUGGUGUUGUUACGUUCAAUGUCAAAGUUGUGUUACUACCGAGGAAAUAAGUCGUUGUUUGUAA